AGCAGCGUCCGCGCAGCGCGGCGCCGGGUUUGGUACGGGGCUGCGGAUUGGAGGCUCUCCGGAUUACUUUGUUUCGGGGCUCCGCGCUGGAAUUGCCAGCGAGCAGAAGCCGGAGAGAGAUCGGCUGGAAGGGAGCCGCCUCCUUGGGAAGGAACCUGAGCAGGUGAACGAGUGCAGCUCAGAGAGAGGGAGAUCGAGAGAGAUCCAGCUGGAGAGGUGUCCAUGCAGCAGGGUCUCCACCUCAGAUGCUUCCCAUGAGCCACACCGCUCCAGCACCCUCCGUUGACGCCAUCUAAGAACGCGGAAAGCCACGAAUCGAGAAUGGGAGAUUCCGCAGCCGAGACAGCAGUCCGAGUCCCCGACGUCUGUUGCAAAGACACCCAGACGGAGCUCGCCGAGAGAGUCGCGGCGAUCCAUGUUGCCGUUGGCCCCGAUGGCGCCGACCAAAACGGUCAAGGAACAGAGAAUGAAGUUGCGUUCUCCAAGAUGGCUGCCAACAACCAAAGGAACUGGGUAGAUGUUGAUUCGGGAACAUCCGAAGAACUAGAUGGCGCUCACGAGUUGCUUGCCCCAAAGAGGGCUCCUGCAAGACCCAUCCUCUCUGGUCGGAAGUACUCCCUUCAGGAAAAGCCCGCAGGGAACUACUUGUCUUCUUCGGAUGCUGCAGGCUUCGGUCCUUACGCCACAGGCCCUUCCACUCACAUCUCGCCACGGAUACUGCGGCGGCCGACGAUAGAGUCCCAUCGAGUCUCCAUUUCAGAUUCUGCGGAUUGUGUGCAGCUGAACCAAUAUAAGUUGAAAAGCGAAAUAGGCAAGGGCUCCUAUGGCGUCGUGAAGCUGGCCUACAACGAAAGUGACGACCAAUAUUAUGCCAUGAAAGUCCUCUCCAAAAAGAAGCUAUUGAAACAGUAUGGAUUUCCACGUCGGCCUCCGCCUCGAGGGUCGAAAGCUGCUGCUGGGGGACAGGCAAAGCCCAUGGCCCCGCUUGAGCGGAUCUAUCAGGAAAUAGCCAUCUUAAAGAAACUGGACCAUAUCAACGUUGUCAAGCUGAUUGAGGUACUUGAUGACCCCGCAGAAGACAACCUAUACAUGGUGUUUGACCUCCUGCGGAAGGGGCCUGUCAUGGAAGUGCCGUGUGACACCCCCUUCACCGAGGAACAGGCCCGACUCUACUUAAGGGACAUCGUCUUGGGCAUUGAAUACUUGCAUUACCAGAAGAUCAUCCACCGGGACAUCAAACCUUCCAACUUGCUCUUAGGGGAUGACGGGCACGUCAAAAUUGCCGACUUCGGAGUGAGCAAUCAGUUUGAGGGCAGCGAUGCCCAGCUCUCCAGCACUGCUGGGACUCCAGCCUUCAUGGCCCCCGAAGCCCUUUCCGAGUCUGGGAAGAGCUUCAGUGGGAAGGCACUAGAUGUCUGGGCCAUGGGGAUCACUCUGUUUUGCUUUGUGUAUGGAAAGUGUCCUUUCAUUGAUGAAUUUAUCCUCGCACUUCACAACAAGAUCAAGAACAAGCCGGUGGAUUUCCCAGAAGAGCCUUGGAUCAGUGAGGAGUUAAAAGACCUGAUCUUGAAGAUGCUGGAAAAGAACCCUGAAACGAGGAUAACGGUCCCCGAAAUUAAGCUGCACCCUUGGGUGACAAAGUUCGGAGAGGAUCCUCUGCCUCUCGAGGAGGAGCAUUGCACAAUUGUGGAGGUCACCGAGGAGGAAGUGAAGAACUCCGUCAAAACAAUCCCGAGUUUGCCUGCUGUGAUUUUAGUGAAAGCCAUGCUGAGGAAACGAUCUUUCAGCAACCCAUUUGAGGCCCAGGCCAGGCGAGAAGAGAGGUCUAUGUCGGCUCCUGGAGACUUAUUAAUAAAGCAAGGGAGCCGAGAAGGGUUGAAGGACCCCGACCUGCCGGACGUAUCUGAAGACGAGGCGACAUCCUGAAGCCCCGAGCAUGUCACACACUGAUCACUUAACUGCUGCUACCGUGACCAUCGUAUCCAGUGGUGUCGUCCUGCACGCCAUGCUGUUUUCAUCAACCAAAGUUUGUGACUUGCGAAAAGAAAGAAAGAGAGAGAGAGAGAUUCCUGCUUUGCAGGCGGUUGGACUCGAAGUCCCUUUGGGUCCCUUCCAACUCUACAAUCCCAUGAUUCUAUGAUACCGAAGGGAUAAAACAGUGGGAGUCCCACCUGGUGGGAGGAGAAAUGGCCCAUGGAAGAGCUGGCUCUCCGGCAACUGGCUGCCCACAUCUGUUUAUGUCGUAAGACAUUUUGGUGUUGUAUACUGGACCAUGUGCCUCAUAGCUUCCAGUUGUGCUUCAUGUUGUGAUAUAUGUAGUCAGCCACGUAUGGCGAUUCGACCGAUGAAUGUGCACCAAAUGUUCUUUGCUGGAGAAUGCUUGGUUCAGAACCACCCAUGUACAUCCCACCUCCCGGCAUUUUAUUUUGGUUUCGGAACUUCUUAGUCAGGUUGCCUGCUCAAGCCCAAUGUUGUUUGUUAUGCAACACACACCGGCUGUAAUGGAACAGGUGUGCUCUAAGCUGCCUCCAUUCAGCAGCCUUUUUACCUUUCGGAAUUUAAUUGGCCCAACCCAGGUGGCGCUGUGGGCUAAACCACAGAGCCUAGGGCUUGUUGAUCAGAAGGUCGGCGGUUCGAAUCCCUGUGACGGGGUGAGCUCCCGUUGCUCGGUCCCAGCUCCUGCCAACCUAGCAGUUCGAAAGCACGUCAAAGUACAAGUAGAUAAAUAGGUACCGCUACAGCGGGAAGGUAAACGGCGUUUCCGUGUGCUGCUCUGGUUCGCCAGAAGAGGCUUUGUCAUGCUGGCCACAUGACCUGGAAGCUGUACGCCGGCUCCCUCGGCCAAUAACGCAAGAUGAGCACGCAACCCCAGAGUCGGUCACGACUGGACCUAAUGGUCAGGGGUCCCCUUACCUUUACCUUUACUCCCAAUAUAAAGUAGACUUUGACACCAGGUGAAUCACAAAGCUUCAGACCAGUUUUUUCCCAAACCAAACUAUGCCUUUACUUACAAGUUUCGAGGCAAGCAGUUUUUGAGAAAAUGCUUUAAAAACAAACAAACUAGUUUUAUGUUGUGAGUAAAACUACAAAAGCAAAAUAUAAAUAGAGCUAAACCGCAUCCCUUUUCUAGACUAUCCCUAGCCCAGCAAAUACUCAUCAGUACAGUGGCUUCUAGUCUUCUUAGUUCAACUUCUCAAGACAGGAUCCAUUGCAAGUUUUCAUCCUGGGCCUCUGCUUCAGGUUUCUACUCUUUUUCUCCCCCAAUAGAGUUCUUAUUUCAGUUCUUCCUUAGUUCCCACCUCUGUGUGUUUCAGCUUUUUUCUCAUCAUUUCUUCAGCUCUGAUCCCCUUUUUAAGCCUAUUUUCUUCAUUUAUCAACUUUACUUAUGUACAAAACUUCCCCUCGCAACCUUUUAGGCAGUCAGAAGGGGAAUAGGGUCCUGGUUAAGUUUCUGGUUUUCCUUAAUUGGCAGGCUGAACCAUUGGCCCUCUUGUGCAAAAGAACUUCUGCUCCGUAUUUUUAACUUUCCUGUGUAAAGCACCUUCCUGUGAGCUUUUGACCACCCUGUGCAAAAGAGCAUAUCUCAGCGACCCCUGUGCUUUCAACAGGUGCCUUUUUGUUUAAAGAAUGCAUCAGAAACACUCCCACCAGUUCCCACAUCCAUCAUUCUUCAGCUGGUUCUGUAAGAAGCAGCUGGAUCAAAGUCAGAAAAUUGGAAGAUAGCAACUUACCUUCAACCAUAGCCCUUGGGUUUUGGUAGUAGAGCUUGUAAGAGCUUGUCAUCUCAUGGACUUUCAGAAGAGUCUGGAAUUGAUUCUGUAGAUUCCCUGCAGUGGGAUUGGUUAGAAUCAGCCCCCUGGGCAAUCUACAAAGCCUGGGGUUGGCUAGUAUAAAGAAAUGUUGCUCAUCCAGAUCAGGGAGGGAGAGUGGUUAGUGGCCUGAAGAUUGCCAAUCAGUCUUGGAUGCCUAAGAGGGGACACAAUCAGCACAAAGUAUGUGGCCUCCAUCCCUAGGAUGAAAAGACCAUGGCAACCUCUUUUGGAUUCUGUCUGAAGUUCCUGCAAGCAAAUGCAUAAUGAGGAACGAAGCUCUCUGUGCCUGUAUGAUGAUCAGAAAGGUGGCUUGUCUAUAUCCUACAGCGACCAGAAGCAGCUUGCUAUGUCUUGCUGUAGGAAGGAAGGAAGAGAUUAAAGGAGACAGGUUGCUUGCAAAAUAAUUUCAAUUUGACUUUGCUCAAGGAUAAUCUUCUCCGAGUCACUGAGUCAAACCUGAUUCCUUCCUUCCUUCUGAAGCCACGCAAGCCUGUACCUGCUGAAUUUUUACAGUGGUUGGUGCAGGAAUUGAGCCUACAAAAUCUUUAAAAGACUAUAAAAGUUUUCUGUGGUUUUUUUGUUUGAUUGUUUGUUUUAAGGGUGGAAGGUGCAGGAAAUGGGUCAGCCAUUAACAGCACCCCUGGCUACCCUAGAACUGGAAUCCUUUUAUUACAUUUUUUUUUUUGUGGGGGGAGUAAUGAUAGCAGCAGCAGUAAUCGGCCUCACAAAAAGAUUGUGCACAAAAACCAACAAAAGGAAAACCAGUGGCUUUACUUACAGAAGAUCGGAAGUUCAUCUGUGCUUCAACUAGUGAGAGAGGAGAUAGAAUCAUAGAAUCAUAGAGUUGGAAGAGACCACAAGGGCCAUCCAGUCCAACCCCCUGCCAAGCAGGAAACACCAUCAAAGCAUUCUUGACAUAUGCCUGUCAAGCCUCUGCUUAAAGACCUCCAAAGAAGGAGACUCCACCACACUUCUUGGCAGCAAAUUCCACUGCCGAACAGCUCUUACUGUCAGGAAGUUCUUCCUAAUGUUUAGGUGGAAUCUUCCUUCUUGUAGUUUGAAUCCAUUGCUCUGUGUCCGCUUCUCUGGAGCAGCAGAAAACAACCUUUCACCCUCCUCUAUAUGACAUCCUUUUAUAAAUUUGAACAUGGCUAUCAUAUCACCCCUUAACUUUGUCUUCUCCAGGCUAAACAUACCCAGCUCCCUAAGCCGUUCCUCAUAAGGCAUUGUUUCCAGGCCUUUGACCAUUUUGGUUGCCCUCCUCUGGACACGUUCCAGCUUGUCAGUAUCCUUCUUGAACUGUGGUGCCCAGAUGCCCAGGAUGUUCAAUUCAGUUCAGUUCAAUUCAAUCUGCACUUGACAGGAGAACCUACUUAAUCUACAUUGUAGCAAUAUGUCUUAUAUAUAACUGGACCUUGGAGCUUUUUUAAAACAACAACAAGUGGUUUAUAAAUUUUCUAAGUAAAAUAUAUCUAACUAGGAGCUGUCACACCUCCUCGAUCUGCUGGUCAACCCCCACCAAACCUCCACCCCUUUUCCAUCCCCUUCCCCCCAUGCCAACCAAUUCCAAGGGAAAUGUAUCAAAAUCUCAUUCUACAGAGCAAUAUGCAAACCAAAAACUCAGGCGUCUCUCAAAAUUCACACAUCUCUGAAUUUUGCAGUGCAGUUCUCCCGCUAACUCAUGUGGUCGAAAAUGCACAUGGCUAGGUGCAAAGUGUGCCUAGGAAUGCAUAUAUUAGAGAGAACCACAUACAAAAAUGCACUGAGAAAAAUUGCUUUGCAAGAUGUGUAUAUUAUAUUGGGAGAAAUUGGGGCCGAAAUGCUCAAGGAUUUUCCAACCCUCAGGAAGUUUCUGUUGAAAUCUGCUUCCCCGUUUCUGCCUGUUUCGUUCUAGUCCCAUCUUUUCUGCCCCCACCUUUCAACAUUUGUAGGGAAUUGUGGAAUGACCGCACUUUUCUUUCUGUAAGACUGACAUUCAAAUUUAUCCUUCCUAACAUUCAGAGCUGUAUUCUGUCUCUCUGGGAAUUGCAGCCAACCGUUCUUCACCCUCUCCUAAUUAGCUUCAGCAAAUCCUGCAGUUUUCCAGACUCGCAGCAGUCAGUCACCCAUUCCUGAUACUUCCUCACCAAACCAUCCAUUGAUACCUCCCGAAUGAUUGCUAAUCCUGUUCAAGUAGUUAUUAAUUUGAUGUCUGUAAAGUGUGCUUUGUAACCGUAAGUGUGCCAACAGGCGAUAUAAUUCCUCUUGCAUGGCUGGCCGGCAUGAAACUCAACAGGAUAUUAGAUCAUAUUGAGCAUGAAUACAGUGUCAGCGCUCCAUGUAUACAAUAGUUCUGUAUGAUGGGCUAGUUUGAUUGCCCCAGUGUUAUAGUUUGGUUCCAAAGCUGGCAUUUGGCGGCUUGGCUGAGAGUUCCCAGCUGGUAUGAGACUUAGUAAUAAUAAUGAUUUUAUUAUUGGUACCCCACCCUUCUGACUGGGUUGACCCAGCCACUCUGGGCGGCUUCCAACAUAGCUAAAAACAUAAGAAAACAUCAAAGCUUUAAAAGAUUCCCUAUACAAGGCUGCCUUCAGGUGUCUUCUAAAAGAGUUACUUAUCUCCCUGGCAUCUGAUGGGAGGGCGUUCCACAGGGAGGGUGCCACUACCAAGAAGGUCCUCUGCUUGGUUCCCUGUACCAGGGACUUGGAACCGAGGAUGGUGCUGGCUUCUAGCUUCUGCUCUUAACGGUGACCCUAGAUUAAUGCAGAUUUGUCCCAGUCGCCGAAGCAUAGGAGUAGGCUUGGAUGUCCCUGCAAAUAGGGCCAGGGAGCUCCUGCCAACCUAGCACUUUGAACACGCCAAAAAAGUGCAAGUAGAUAAAGGUCGGGAAGGUAAACGGCGUUCCGUGCACUGCUCUGGUUCGCUUAGUCAUGCUGGCUACAUGACCCGGAAGCUGUCUGCGGACAAACGCCGGCACCCUCCGCCUAUAGAGCGAGAUGAGCGCCACAACCCCAGAGCCGUCCGCAACUGGACCUAACGGUCAGGGUUCCCUUUACCUUUUAAGACCUAUUGAGGCUCUAAGCACUGAAAACAUUGUGGGGCCCUCCCCCUCCUCCAAAAAACACACCCUUGUAAUUAAAAAUUAAAACUGUACUAAAGUUAUUUUUUAAUGAUGCGAAGCCUACAUGUAUGCAUGCCUAAAUUAAGAUAGCCUCAUUCUGGAUUUUCUGAUUGCAAAAGUCUCGAGCAGGCUCAUCUAAGUUGAACAUUGCAAAGGUAGGUAAGAUAAGUCAAGCCUCUCCUGAAAUGUUGUUCCCUGGGUUUUUUUUUAUUUCCAGUUGAGUAAAAGAGCGUUCUGCAGAGCAGUAAUAGCCAGUUAGAAAAAUGAUGGCUGCUUCAAUGCUUUUUUAAAAUAAAUUAUUAUUAAUUCAAUUUAUAUGCCACCUUUUAUCAAAGGAUCCCAGGGCGGUGUACAACAUUAAAAACACAUUGCAGAACAUCAGUGAUAAAAUCAUAAUAAAGAGCAUACUGACAGCCAAAUAAUAAAAUAGUCAUCAUCAUGAUAACAGUCCUCUCCCCCACACUUUCACAAGCCAUAGGUUAUUUAAUAGCCAUAGGCCCAGCUAAAGAGGAAUAUUUUUGCCUGGCACCUAAAGGCAUGUAGUGAUGCUGCCAAGCGAGCCCCUUUGGGGAGAGCAUUCCACUAUUAGGGAGCCACAAAAAAAAGCCCCGUUCUAUGGAAUGGGGGACAUAGAAAAGGGACUCGGAUGAUGAGCCAGGUCGGUUCUUACAGGUUCAAAUUCUCCCCCCUCCCAAAUCCCCCCCUUUUUUCUUUUUGUACUGGUGUCCUAAGCACGUGCUGUGAUUUCUGCAAUGUAAGGUCUUGGCCUAGAUGACCCUUGACUCCCCAACUCUACCAUUCUAUGCUUCUGUUGGGUAAACCAGCACUGUCUGCAAAUGGCAUCCCUGCCAUGUGUGCAGUUAUCCUUUGGCAGUGAACAGAAUAACCCCCUCCGUGUCCUUAUCUCUGAGGCUCAGGAGCGACUUAAGCGUUUUAGGAUCUGCAUGCAAUCACACACUGCUGUCACCAUUACAGGAAACCUGCUACGAUCACAUCCCUUAUUCCAAACGGGUGUACGCUUCUCAGCUAGUUAUAUUAUUGAUGUUGUAAUGUGCCUUAUUUAAUUUUAAGACUCUAUAAAGACACACACCCACACCCCAAAAUAUCAUGUCGAGAACAUAAGAGGAUAGCAUUGAAAACCCCACUGCCACAUCUCUUAUUUUCCCUGCUUUGUACCCAAGCCAUCGGCCCGUUGUCUGUCGACGUGUAUGUGUCUAUUGUGAAAACCAACCUGUAUUUCUCCCUAGGUGUGUGCAUGUGUAUGCGUACAUGCACAAACCCCCGAACUGAAAGCAUGAGUCGUGCACAGCGAUGGCAUUCGAGACCAUUGCUGCACUGUAAAUAUGUACCAUGAAUAUAAAGAGAGAGCCUAUUUAGGACGGGGCAGGCUUGGGGGGGGGGGGUUGCAUGCUUUUGUACUGUACUCUGGAAAAUGGAAGGGCAGGGGUGGAAAUUCCAAUAAAAGUCCUUGGAAUAAACCGAUUGUCCGAUGAAGUGAUUGAAAUGGAAGCCCACGUAGAUACCUUUGGGUGACGCACUUUUCAGCCUGUAGAGCUAGAGACUCUUAAAUCUUAGGGUUGUAGGUUCUAGCCCCGUGUUGUACAAGAUUCUGGCAUUAGACCAGAUGACCAUUGGGGUCCCUUGCCACUCCAAUUCUAUGAUAUCACACUUUUAUGUUCUGGCCUCCUUUCCCUAGAAAAUCAAGAAGACAGUUGUAGUGGGAGAUUUAAGGCUGGAAUCUCAUGGAGCGCAUCACAGGAACCACAGGAUACUUCAGAAUCCCCUUCCCAAUGCUGCAGGUCUGAUGUCUGCUGCCUGUGGCCAUGGAAACAUCCCUUUGCCCCUACCAAGGUUGGCAUUUUGAUGUCGGUAGCUCCAAAAAGUGUCUGGGGUGGUUUAGGGAUGUGCCAGGGCAGGCCUGGAAAACCAGUGGGAUGAAAAACAAAGCCAAAGAUCUCCAGGUCUCCUGACAUACCCCAAACCAAGGAGAGACUUGGGCCUAAAUCUUUCCCUUCUGUAAUUUGCAAUGGGAAGCA